AUGAGUUUGGUCGAAAAAAUACUAGGCAACAUCCCUGUGGUUCACGGGUCUAGUGUCAACAUCACGGUAAGUCUAAAUACGCAGCUUUGUAUGGUCUUUAAUGCUCGAUUUGGGUUGAAAUGACCGUUGGAUUAUGUUAAACCAUUUGUGCAUAAAACAGGUCCUAGCAGGCGGCAGGGCACAUUUAAACUGAGUAAUGCAAAGCAGGCUUUCUAACAAAGAACAAUACCUAUCACCUAUAGCUGCAGGUAAAUGUGUAACACUUGUAACCCGCGGGAUAUGAACUCGAGUGUCCCACGGGAGCAACCAAUGUUCUUAGACCAUUAGACAAAGAGGAAAUUCCCUUUUAGGCGAGAAUGGGUUGCUGCGUCCCAAUAUGACGAUCGGAGUAUGGGCUAGUGGGUGUCGAAAGGAAUGGGUGUGUCGAAAGCUAUAGGUUAGACGGUUUUGAUUGAGUUGUGUUUUUCCCCCUUCCGUUUCUUAUGACGCAACUACUAUUGAGCUACCGUACUGGAGUUUCUUCUGUUUUUAAGCCAGAGGAUGAGUCUGAGUUGUAUUUAAAAUAAUAGUACAUUUUAAUUUACAAAUUUGACUAUUUUUUUAUUUUAUUUUUAUGAUGGUUGUAAUGUUACUUCAUGCGUUGUAUGCAUGUGAUUACUCUGCCUGUCACCCUGAUAUUGGCUACUAGGUAGCUAGUUCCCAUGCUGUUGCAGGCCGGCUACUAGGUAGCUACUUCCCAUGCUGUUGCAGGACAGUAGGCCUAGUGCUUGUCGAGUAGGAACGAAGGGCACUGUGUCCCGGUGUUGCCAUUCAUGCCCUCCCUAUUGAGUAGCAGACUGUAUGUAGGAUAUGUAUCAAGGUGACAUCUAGAUGGUUAUCAAUAUUAGUUAUUUCUUGUGUAGGCUGCUAUCCUACUUCAAAUAAAAUUGUGUGAGAGAAACGAAUGCCACGUUAGCUACCGCUGGCGACACGACCUUGAUACUCAGUAGGAAGCACUUCAAAUCGGCAGGCAGCAGUGUUGCCAGGUCUAGAUAAUUUUUUUAGCACAAUGACCUCUGAAAACACGCCCACAAGGCCUGAAAACUAGCCCUUUAACAAAAAGGUGCAACAGAGUUGCCACAUUUAUCCACGAAACCCUUUUUCCAUAACGUUAUUGAGCGAAUUAAGAAGGAAUAUCAACUUCAUUUUUAACAAAGUAGGCUAAGAAGCAAAAUUCGGUUUUCCAUCAAAAAAAUAAUUAUUGGAAGUUGAAGAAUGUUGCAAGAGAAAAUAUAAAUCGCACUUAUUAAAUUCUCCAGAUCAUUUUCCAUCAAUGGAUGUCGAUUUAAAUUGUUUUGACAGCUAUGAUUAAACAAUAAGGCCCUAGGAGGUGUGGUAUAUGGCCAAUAUACCACAAACCCCUGAGGAGCCUUAUUGCUAUUAUAAACUGGUUAACAAUGUAAUUAGAAUAGUAAAAAUAAUUGUUGUGCAUUCCCAUGGUACACAGUAUGAUAUACCAUGGCUUUCAACCAAUCAGCAUUCAGGGCUCAAACCACAGAAUUUAUAAUGGUAAAUAAAUCCUGUUUGAGCGUGUGCAUAACUAUAGAUACAUCUGGCAGGUUUGAGUUGGAGUGAUGAAAGUUGGAGAGGAUCUCAAUCUCUGUGCAAGAAACACUUGGAAGAACUUCAAAAAAACGAAUGUUAAGCUAUUUUCUGGCAAUUGUGCCUUCAUUAUGUGCCAGAUGUUAAGACUACAAACCGUUAUAAAUGGUCUAUUUGCGAGAUCGACUUGUUAUUUCAAUAGGCUACUGACUAAAAUCUGGGUUUAUAAUUGCAAUUCAACUUUGCCAUGGUCUGCGUAGCUAGAUGCAGGUAGCCUAUAGCCCCCGAAAGGACAACAUCUCAUUUCAGGGUAAAGUCCACAAUGAAACUGACAUUAAAUGUGGAGAAUGAUACAUUCGCGAUAGAGCUGUGACCUGAUCACAAUUAAUAACUUCCAAUUUAAUUAACUAACAUGGCCAUUAACAAUUGCAUAAUAACACAAGGCUACAACAAAACACUGAGUUAUAGGCUAUUUAUUAAAUCUGUUUGCCAGCUCCAGAUAGGCUACACAAAUGGCACAAAUUGAUUUGCAUGACUCCAGUGAAUAGCAUACUUGAUGGCCAACAGAUGCAAAUGCAGCGUAUCAUUUCCCACAUUUAAUGUCAUUUUCAUUGUGGACUUUUUCCCAUAACAGAAGCACGCGAGGGAGUUCCAUAACUUCCAUUUCAAAUUUCCACUCACUCACUCACGCAGCACUCCAGACCCUAGACCUGAGCAUGAGUAAAACCCUUCGCUUGAUACCGUUAUCCAUAAGAAAAGUCAACAUUAGAAUGCAGUUGACUUUAAACCACUUCGGAGCGAAUUUAUCUAAAGCGCUGUAGUGCGCCUAAAGUCCUUUUCCAAUGCUUUGUCGCCGUUAUAUCAGUUCUAGCGCGUUAAUAUGUUUUAUGGAAAAAGGGUGUCUCCAUAAUUACAGAUCUAAAUAGCCUACCUACAACUGGUCAAAAGUUGUCACGAUGUGCGCGAGUGCUGCUCUGGCUUGUUGACUCAGCUGCUUCUGCUGCAGCACUCUCUCAACCAGUGCCCUCAACGCACACACCACUCUGGUCCUCCCCACCAUUCACUCACUCAGUACCAACCUGCUCACUGCCUGAUAGUCAGCAACACCAGGAUAUAUAUAUAUAUAUAUAUAUACAAACUACCAGUCAAAAGUUUGGACACACCUACUCAUUCAAGGUUUUUUCUUUAUUUUUACUAUUUUGUACAUUGUAGAAUAUUAGUGAAGACAUCAAAACUAUGAAAUCUUCUCUGAGUCUUCCAUUCCUGUGGCGGUCCUCAUGAGAGCCAGUUUCAUCAUAGCGCUUGAUGGUUUUUGCGACUGCACUUGAAGAAACUAUCAAAGUUCUUGAAAUGUUCCGUAUUGACUGACUUUCAUGUCUUAAAGUAAUGAUGGACUGUCGUUUCUCUUUGCUUAUUUGAGCUGUUCUUGCCAUAAUAUGGACAUUCUUCUGUAUACCCCCCUACCUUGUCACAACACAACUGAUUGACUCAAACGUGUUAAGAAGGAAAUAAAUUCCACAAAUUAACUUUUAAGAAAGCACACCUGUUAAUUGAAAUGCAUUCCAGGUGACUACCUCAUGAAGCUGGUUGAGAGAAUGCCAAGAGUGUGCAAAGGUGUCAUCAAGGCAAAGAGUGGCUAUUUGAAGAAUCUCAAAUAUAAAAUAGAUUUUGAUUUGUUUAACACUUUUUUGGUUACUACAUGAUUCCAUAUGUGUUAUUUCAUAGUUUUGAUGUCUUCACUAUUAUUCUACAAUGUAAAAAAUAGUAAAAAUAAAGAAAACCCCUUGAAUAAGUAGGUGUGUCCAAACUUUUGACUGGUACUGUAUAUCAUGCAUUACAUAUUGGCUCCAGCUCUAUAACCACACCACUCCUGUUCUCCUAGGGCCUGACCCUUGACCCGUCCAGCCAGUCUAGGAACAUGCAGUACCAGACCAUGGUGACCUCCCUGGGCAUCCCCGCAGCACCAGAACUCUGGACUGUCUGCAGACCCCUAAACCAAAUCGACUUCACCCUGGUGAGUGUGUGCGUGUGUGUUUGCAUGUGUUUGUGAAGGUGCAACAAUGCUAUGGUUCUCCUGAAUGUUGCAGAUAGAAUAAUAAAGCUGACAUGAAUAGUUCUGACACGAUUCCUUAUUGCGUUGUGUCCUAGCCUACUGGACAUGGUCCAGGUUAGUUGUCUGACCUGCUGUGUGCUUCCCCCUACAGGAGGUGUGUCUGAGCAGUGUGUCUGCGGGACUGCAGCUGUAUCAGGAUGUGCUGGGUGUGCUGAAGGAGCGUGUGACCACUGACGAGGUGACAGGACUCCUGGCUGACAUCAGAGAUCUGCUGGCCCAGGUCAACAAGGUGAGACUGACACACACACACACACACACACACACACACACACACACACACACACACACACACACACACACACACACACACACACACACACACACACACACACACAGACACACACACAGACACAGACACACAAACUCACUGAGUAAUAGAAGUAGACACAUCUGCACAGGCAUGCACACUGGCACAAGAUCACACACAGAUACACACAUAUCAUAGAGGUCCUACACUCAUAACAUCACACUUGAGAUGUUCGUUUUGGUUAAUAACCUUCUGUAUGUGUGUGUUUUUGGUUUGUUCAGAUGCAGGAGCCGGGCCAGAUGAGCAGUGUAGCCCUGUACGAGGCCUCGGGGCUGGCCUCACGCCUCCCAGGGGAGUACGAGGUUCAGGUUGCCACUCACUUUACCCUGCUGCAGCUCCGUGACUUCACACAGAAUCUAAAACGCAGCCUGCGCAACGUCGAACACCUGACUUCCAGGCCAGGACAGAGGGGCUGA